UCGCUGGAACACGAUGAACAACAAUAGCAGCAGGGGAACUGGAGCCGAGGCCACCCAUCCUGACGCUCGGCCCGGUGGACCACCCCUCCUGAACAUGAACCACUAUGCCAAUAAGAAGAGUGCAGCUGAGAGCAUGCUGGAUUUGGCUCUGCUGAUGGCCAAUGCCUCCCAGCUUAAAGCCGUGAUGGAGCGGGGGCCAAACAUCUCCUUUUACACCCCCGUUGUUGUCCUUAUCGCCAUCUCUCUUUGUCUGCAGGUCACGGUUGGGAUCCUGUUAAUCUUCACAGUGCGAUGGAACCUCAACGAUGAGCAAAAACACAGCCGGCUGAACUUAAUGGAGGACCUGGCCACGGGCCUGGUUUUUAUCAUCGUGGUUGUCAACAUCUUCAUCACCGCCCUGGGAAUCCAUCAACCGAAAUAAUGGGCAAGCUGACGUACACGUCCUCGGCGUGGAUGUGAAGAGCUCUGUAGAACUCGUGGCAUGCGUCGUCACCUUUCCCGUGCAGGUCCUUCAGCAGCUCGACUAGCCGCGCUUUGGUUGGGAUUCUCAGGCUUCUGAACUGCAGAGAGA